UUAAAAAGUCACCAUUUUGAAACUAAUAACCCAUUUUUACCCUAUUUAUAUGAUUAUAAUAUAUAUAACUUGAUUGCCGGCCAAUUUAAAUGAACCUUGUCCUUAAGUACUCCUUAUACCUAGCUAGUAAACGAGGAAUAUUAUUAGAGCAUCUUCUGGCCAGAAACUGCACCAAAUCUGUUUGUAUAAACAUUAAUUAGGAGAAGCCUGCGAUGGAAAACACUACUACCACACACUCAAAAAUUUCUACCUUUUCAUUUACUGUCCUCCUUUUGAGGGUCUUAACCUUUAUCUUCCUUGUUAUGGCGCUCAUUUUCAUUUCCAUAGACACGCUACCAAUAGAAACAAGUGAUUACGCAGUUUAUGAAGAAAUCAACUUCAAUUAUGUCUAUGCUUAUCGAUAUAUGCUCUCUACGAUAGUUAUUGGGUUUGCGUAUAACCUCCUGCAAAUGGGCUUUUCAAUCUUCACUGUGGUCUCAGGGAAGCGUGUAUUAAGCAGUUAUGGUGGCUAUCUAUUUGAUUUCUUUGGUGACCAGAUCAUAUCAUACCUUCUGAUUUCUGGUUCAGCUGCUGAAUUUGGUUACGACGUAGAACGGCGUAGAGUUACAAACUCCUUCACUGAAAAGGCAAAUGUUUCGGCCAGCCUUCUUCUAGUUGGGUUUUUGUUCACUGCCACAGCAUCAAUUUUCACUUCCUUUGCUUUGCCAAAGAAAGCUAUCAAUUAAUGAGUUGUAUUAUUCAUACAUCAACUUUCUACAACAAUACCUAUUUUCUCUUUCUCAUUGUCGUAAAACUUGUUGUACAAAAAAUAUUUCUCUUAAUUAAUUAGCUUGACGUAUAAAAUAA